AACAUCUCCCACGUACAUCUUGCCUUCUCGCCGGGACGCAUGCGCCAGUAAGCGUUCCACCAGAGCCUAGCAUCACCGGUGAGCUGAAGCUGAGCGCAAAUGACGCGAUAUCUCUCAGGGCACUCCAUGACCUCGAAGAUAAACUCCAGGCCCUGAAUCCACUCUAUUUAUCGGCCAUUUAUGGCAACUCGUCAAGAGAUUUGUGUGCUUCAGUAAUCAGUCAGAAUAUCAUCAUUUGUUCAAUAAUUUUGAACUUUCUCAAUGUUCAGAUGCCGCCACGUAGGGAACCCGAUCAUCCAGUUCCUACUCAGGCUACAGUGGUCGGCCAGUUCCGCGACUAUCAUGCCGAAAAGUUCUCAGGGCAGGGAGAUCCUCGCAUAGUUGACGAGUGGAUUCAGGGCCUAGAGUUUAUCUUCGAGGUCAUGGAGUGCCCUGAGAGAUAUCGCGUCAUUUGCGCUCAGCUUCAGCUCACCGGUGAUGUCAGGCUCUGGUGGAAGGCUUACUGGAGCAUGCAUCCCGGAGAGAAGGCGGGAUGUACAUGGGAGAUGCUCAAGGAUUUAAUCCGCGAGAAGUACUACCCCACAUACUACCGAGCAGAGAUGGAGCGUCAGUUUCUAUCGCUCCAGAAGGGUAAUCGUACUGUUGACGAGUACGAGAGGGAAUUCACGAGACUUGCAGCUUUUGUUCCUGAUUUGGUCCGCACGGAGGCCCAGCGAGCACAGCGUUUCAUUGACGAGCUUUACCCAACAGUCCGUCAUAACAUCGUAGGCCACGGGACACAGACGUAUGCACGUGCA